GAUGUCUUCUGUUCUUUUCUUCUCUGUGUAUAAGAACACCUCUUUCUAUCAGAGCACAGCUGAUCUGGUGCAGGGUGACAACAGCCUGCUUAUCAGUCUUGCACCCGUAUUGCGCCAAGAGCCUUAGACUGCCCAGAAUAGGUUUAUCAGUCUCAUUCCUUGGUGCUUUCCAUACAAAAUAUGGCUGAUGGCGGCUUAUAAGAGCAGCGGUGCCCUCCUGCGCAGCUGCUGUCAGAUUGCGUAUAUCAAUCGUGCGGACUAUCGUGAUUAUGGAUAAAGAGCAAUACGAAGUUCGAGUGUCUGCGCUUGAUGUUGAUACUGGUGAGGUCGACAGGCCGCUCACGUUCUGGCAGAAAGUCGACAGGUUUUGCGCUCUCGAUUCAAAGACUGAGGGCGUCCACUCCAAUCAUGACCUUGAUCCUGUCCCACCCGAGGAGCAGAACUGGAAUAUGCGACACUAUGCGCUGUUUUGGAUCUCUGACCAUCUAUCUGUCUCUGGUUUCCGCUCUGCGGCAUCCGUGAUGGAAGUCGGUUUAUCAUGGCGUCUUGCGCUAGUCAACAUCGCACUCGCCAACCUCGUGGGCGGGUUCUUCAUCACCUUGAACGGAAUCGUGGGAGCAAAAUAUCAUAUCCCGUUCUCGAUCCAGAGCCGUGCUGCGUACGGGUAUUAUCUUUCAUACCUGAUGAUUCUGAUGCGCUGCAUCGUUGGUAUUUUCUGGUACGGAAUCCAGAUCUACACGGGCGCGGAGUGCGUGCAGUCGAUGCUCUACGCGCUGUGGCCUUCGUUCCGCAACGUGAAGAAUACGCUUCCCGAGUCUGCAAACAUCACGACGCAGUUCAUGACGGCGUACGUGAUUUACUUUAUUACCUGUCUCCCGUUCCAUUACGUGGGAGUACAGAGACUGAAGUGGCUGUUUUUGGUGAAGGCGAUCACGACGCCGAUCUGUGCGUUUGCAAUCAUGGGAUGGAUGAUCAACUCUGUCGGACUAGGUGAUAUGUUUAAGGAUGGUAAUACGGUGCACGGGAGUACUCUUGCGUGGACUUUUGUCGCGUGCUUCAAUUCCAAUGUCGGCAGUGGCACUACGCUGAUGGUGAACGCGCCGGAUUACUCGCGGUAUGCAAAGAAGAUCUCGAGCACGUACAUCACCACGUUUGCGGUGCCGUUCACUUCGACGAUCGUGACGUUUAUUGGUGUCGUGUUUGCCGCUGGAUCAAAGCUGCUCUAUGGCACUAUUCUCUGGGAUCCUCUAUUGAUUAUCAAUAACUGGACCUCGUCUGGAGGCCGUGCUGCUGCUUUCUUUUGUGCGUUCUCGUUUUAUCUAUCACAAGUCGGUCUUAAUAUCGCCGCGAACUCGCUCGCGGCCGCAAACGAUCUCAACUGCAUUUUCCCGCGGUACAUCAACAUCCGCCGCGGACAGUUCAUUGCAGCGGUUCUGGGAUCGUGGGCACUGACGCCGUGGAACAUCUUGACCUCUGCGAGUGGGUUUUUGAACUUCAUGUCUGGCUACUCGAUCUGGCUCGGUCCGAUCUUUGGCAUCCUUGUCUCGGAUUACUUUUUCGUGCACAAGCAGCAGUAUGAUGUGCCGGGUCUCUAUGAUUUCAAGGGCCGGUACGCAUACCGCUAUGGCUGCAAUUGGCGCGCGUUUGCGGCCUUCACGUGCGGUUGGGUACCGCUGCUCCCGGGAUUCAUCCCGACGAUUAGCGGGUCAACGCAGGCGAAUCAGGGGAUAGGACAUUUGUACAAGCUCGGGUUCUGGUUCGGGACGGGGGUGGGCGGGUUGGUGUAUUUUGUGCUUUGCAAGUUUUUCCCGGCGGAGGAGACGUAUGUUGAGCAGGGGAUUUAUGCGGACGAGGCGGUGGCUAGGGAUGAGGAUGUGGAGGCGUAUCAGUACUCUAGUGAGGAGUUUGAGAAGCGGAUGUCAUAGUUUGUGUUAGUAGUAAUCAAUCAGUAGUAAUAUAGUGGUAGUCAUAAGAUGACUCUGGGUCAAACGUAUGGG